AAUAACACCAGCUUAAACUGAACUCCCAUAAUUAUUAAUUCUUACCAAACUAUACUUUUAUAUUGCAGAUGCGUAAUUCGUAUUUGAUUCUGGAUGAAUACGUAAGUCAAAUACCAUUACUUUUCUUGAUAUUAGUCUCUCCUCUAAAUUUACUAAAUUUGCCAAUUGAACAGUGACUUGACAGUGCCUAAGGAAAAUUGUUUAGCAAUGAAUUCAAAAUAUCAUUUGGAGGAAAUAACGUUCUAGAGACCGCAAAAAUCUCAUUAAAUAAUUUACUUCUGAAAAGCAGAAAAUAAACAGCAUUCUGGAGACAGCAAAUUCAUAUUUUACUUGGGGGAGGGGGGGGGCAAGUGGUGGAAUUUAAUCAAUAUCUUAUAUUUAUAUUUAUGUUUUUAUUAUUAAAAUUAAUAAAAUUUUGUAACCCACUCUUGUGGCUAGCCCUUUCAAAGGCAAAUAUUAAAUUAUUACUUUUGAAAAGCAGGAAACAGACGGCGUUCUAGAGACAGCAAAAACACUCACCUUUAAGCGGGAGUGGGGGUCAAGUGGUGGAAUUUAAUCAAUAACUUAUCUGUUAUGUUUUCAUUAUAAAAUUUAUAAAAUUUUGUAACCCAGCUCCAGUGGACAGACAAGUAACUAACCCAAACUGAUUUUUUUAAAUUUAGGCGAAGUGCUCGUAGAGUACGUGGGUGAAUUUUAUUUCACGGUUUGUUUUUUCUUUAUUUGAUAGAUGCGGUUUCUUGAUAAUACUAAAGGAAGCAAAAUUCCUUCAAAAUCUAUUCUCGAUGUCGGGGUUCAAAAUGCUUUAAACGCGAGUGGUUUUGAUGAACAAAUGUUUUAUAAACGUGGUGGAAAAUAUGUUUGGAGCAAGGGUGACAUGACUCUUGACUGGUGACGGUGUGCAUGGUAGUGCAGCUCGGCUGUAAUCAAUGCUUAAGGGAAUUAAUUAUUGCUCUUCAAAUAUGUGUAUAUCUGCCAUGUACUGGACCGACUACUACUAAUACGCGUAAUCCUUGCUCUUUUUAACUUACUAUAUAUCAGAAAUAAUACAAUACAAAACCAUGCAAUAUUUUUAUUGUAGUGAAUUUUUUCUUUAUGAAUUACCUAUAUAUAAUUCUUGACUUCGCCUCCACCAAAGCAGCCUCCACCAAAGCAUCAGAG